AUGCCUCAUUUUACUUCAAUACAUGCUGAGUUAGAUUUAUGGGAAUUAUUUUGGAAAAACCAGUCAAGUAUUCCUUCAACUGUUGCUGGUACUUUAAAGUCCAUUGACAUGAGAGGUUUUCCAAAUAUAAGGACAGCAUUUAUAAUUUUAGGAACAAUUCCAAUAACAACUUGUGAAUGUGAAAGAAGUAUUUCAGUUAUACGUAGGCUAAAAACAUACUCCAGAAGAAAUAUAAUUGAGUCUCGCAUUAACUCUUUAGCAUUAAUGUCCAUAAAUCAAGAAAUUUUUCCAGAUGUUGAAGUCAGGUGUAAGACGUUUAGAUUUAGCUUUUAUUUAGUAGUGUACUAA